GGCUAUUCAACCCUCUUUAGCCUACCAAUCAGGACCUUCAAUUGGUAUUAGAGCAAAGUUUGCUUUAGAAUGACUAACCACCAGCUAAAGUAAAAGAAAAAUGGUCGGAUCAAGUAUCUACCCACCAACGUUCGAGGGGGAGUUUCUGUUUUGGAAACGAAAAAUGGAGGUAUUUUUUUGAACUGACUUUGAUAUAAUGGUUUCAAUUAAAUUUGAUUUUGAAGUGCCCAAAAGCAAAGACGGAAAAUAACUUGAGGAGCAUUGUUGGACUAAAAAACAAUGCUAUGAAUUUUUGGCAAAUGAUAAGGCCGAUUUCCAUCUUCUAAGUGUGCUGCCUACUCAAGAACUCUAAAGAAUCGAUAACUACAAUUGUGCCAAAGAACUUUGGGAAGUUCUUGGAACUCCAUGAAGAAUCAAAAGAGGUAGAAUCCAACUCUUCGAUGGAUAUUGAUUUGUUUUCAGAAGACUCCAAGACCCAGGAGAUUGUAGGAACAACACUAAUAGCUGAAUACCUAUAUGAAGACGACGAAUCCACUUCGGAAGCAAGCAACGAUGAAGGGGAGGCAUCUACCUACGAGUCCGACACAGGACUUAGGAACAUAAGAAGUCGUGUGGAAGACGCAGCGAGCGAAGAUGACACGAGAAGUGAGUCGACGGGCUCGGUGCAUUUGAGGGACAAGGAGCUGCGGAAGAGUAUACUAGCAGACGAGAAGGAAGCACGACGUUUCCGAGGGACGAGAAGCCGAGGAGGAAGAUUGCUCGAGGAGAAUGCCGAAGUUGGGUUUGGGUGAGCUCAACUCUAGAAAGUCGGAGAAUCACACAAGCGACCGGACAAAUCAACUACUGAGUUAACUUUGUCUAGGUGCCUAGACCAGGUCCAGGCGGUUGGACUCCAAGUGACCGGAGCUGUUUGGGCCACAUCAGCAAGCCGUUGUCGAAGAGAUAAGGUUGGAAUCAACGUCAGGCGCCCGGACCGGGUCCAGGCGCCUGGGAGGCCCAUAAUCUUUGAAGAAGAGCCGUUUCGGAGUGGAUCAAGUUAUCCGAGUCCAGGCGCCCGGGAGGUGCUACGUUAGCCAAUGGUUAACUUCGACCUGUGGGCUAUAAUAAAGCCCAAGUCCUCAAAGUUUGAUACAACACACUCAUUCUUAACUUCCGUAUUCUGUAAUUUUAUUUCAUACUCGUAAUUGUUGUAACUGGCUACUCUGCCUUCAACGACGGAGAACUUUUUAGUGUAGUUUUCACUACCUUGGAUUAGCAAUCUCUACGGUUACAAAUCAAGUAAAAUUCUUGUCUCUUACUUUUA